GGCGGCAGAGGAGCGGAGGGUGCGGGCUGGGCUGGAGAAGGAGCAGACCCCCCCCAUUGCGGAGCCCGGCGCCGGUCCCCGAGUUACCAAUUAAGGAGAAGCAGUUCUUACCCAGAGUCUCUGGGCAGACCUCAGAAUUACAACACAAUUGGUUCCUGGAAAGUGCAUCUUAAGUUGAAGCGUCGUAUAUUGGAACCAAUUUUCUCAUAGGAAUGAUGGUAUAAAUGGAGGAUGAGUUCCUGAACCAAGGUCGGAUAUCCUACUUUCACUGAAAUUACUCAGAAUUGAGUCCUCGAUUCCAGCAUGGCUUCCAUGGGCUCAGAGGAACUGACCAGUGGCUCCAAAGCCUUCAGCCGCCAGAAUUCCAGCAGCUGCAUCUCUCUGGACUUUGAGCCUGACAUGCAAUAUCAGUUUGUUGAGCAAUUAGAAGAACGUUACAAAUGCACCUUUUGCCACUCUGUCCUUCACAACCCUCACCAGACCGGCUGCGGACACAGAUUCUGUCAGCACUGUAUCCUGUCCCCGAGAGAAUUAAACGACUUUCCCACCUGCCCUAUAGAUAAGAAAAUUAUACAGCUCCAGGAGGUAUUUAAAGAUAACUGCUGCAAACGGGAAGUUCUCAACCUGCAAGUGUUUUGCAAGAAUGCUCCUGGCUGCAACUCCAAGGUGAUUCUUGGACGAUACCAGGAUCACCUUCAGCAGUGCUUGUUUCAGCCUGUACAAUGCUCUAAUGAGAACUGCCAGGAAGAAGUUCUCCGGAAAGAUAUGAAAGAUCACUUAGGCUGCCAUUGUAAAUUUCGAGAGGAGAAAUGCCAAUACUGCCAAAAGUAUGUUGUGGCAAUCAAUUUACAGAAUCAUGAGGAGAAUUUUUGUCCUGAUUACCCAGUGUCUUGUCCCUUCAGCUGUUGUCAGAUCAUUCCAAGAACAGAGGUUGAUGAGCAUAUCUCUGUGUGUCCUGAAGCAGAAGAAGAUUGUCCCUAUAAACAGUAUGGCUGUCUUGUAAAGGAUAAAAGGAGGAAUCUUAGGGAACAUGAGAACGCUGCCUUGCGGGAACACAUGCUCCUGGUUUUAGACAAGAAUUCAAGAUUAGAAGAAAAGAUUUCAGACCUACACAGGAGUUUGGAAGUUAAAGAACUUAAAAUUCAGCAACUAGCAGAGAUGGUAAAGAAAUUUGAGAAGGAAUUCAGGCAAGUUAUGCAGCUGUUUAGCAAAAAUGGUAACUUGCUGGCAAAUACCCAGAUUCUCGCCACUCACAUUGAUAAAUCUACCUGGCUGGAAACACAAGUAAGGCAGUUAUUACAUAUGGCUAACCAGCAGCAAAGCAAAUUUGACCUGAAAUCACUGAUGGAGACCAUUGAUACUGUAAAGCAAAAGAUUGCCCUGCUGGAAACGUAUGAUCAGCGACUAGUUGUUUUGAAAGACCAGACCAAACAACAUGAUGCCCACAUUAAUGCUCACAAAGCCCAACUAAAUAAAAAUGAAGAACGAUUUAAAUUGCUGGAAGGGACCUGCUAUAAUGGAAAACUGAUCUGGAAAGUGACCGAUUACAAGAUGAAGAAAAGAGAAGCAAUGGAGGGACGCUCAGUUUCUAUAUUCAGUCAGCCUUUCUACACCAGCCGCUGUGGUUACCGGCUUUGUGCGAGGGCUUACCUAAAUGGGGAUGGGUCGGGGAAAGGAACUCACCUCUCUCUCUACUUUGUGGUGAUGAAAGGAGAAUUUGACUCAUUGCUACAGUGGCCUUUCAAGCAGAAAGUUACCAUGAUGCUUUUGGAUCAGAGUGGCAAAAAGAACCACAUUGUGGAGAUCUUCAAGGCUGAUCCCAAUAGCAGCAGUUUUAAAAGGCCUGAGGGGGAAAUGAACAUUGCUUCAGGCUUUCCCCGCUUUGUGGACCAUUCCAUGUUGGAAAAUGUCAAGAACACUUUCAUUAAAGAAGAUACGCUGUUCAUGAAAGUGGUUGUGGAUUUAACUGACCUUGAAGAACUGUAGAUAGAAGCCAGGGGUGGUUAUUGUCAUAGUGUUGAGGAAAGAAGCUUUUAUGUUUUGAGCAUCUGAGGUCAGAUUUAGUUACCAUAACAGUACUGAACUGGAUUUCUUCAAGCUGUGGCUCUAUUAAGGUUCUUGGUCUUUGGAUUUUGUCGAAAGAUGCUGAAGAGUCAUCAUCUAUCUGUUAACAGGGUGAUAAAAAACAUAUUGAAAGACAGAAUCUGGUAGAUUUAGCUAAUGACUUAUUUAGCCUGUAUCUUUAAGACUGAUUUUCAGCCAAGAAAACAUUCCUCCUCAAUAGUAUUGUGCAGAUUUGGUUACACACUUAAAAGAUGUCAGACCUGAGACCAUACCAGCAGUUCCUUUAAAAUCUUCAGAGACUCUGCCAGAAAUCCACAAAUUCAGAAGAAUGAAAAUGACAGCAGGAAAGUCAGAUGGCUUCAGUAUAUCCCAUAGAGGGGGAAAGAAAGCAUGGCUAAUGGUCACUGGGAUAGCACUUCGGGUAGGAUAUCAGGCAACUUAGUUACUAUGAAAACAAGAAGGAUUCUUGGCCAAUAUUUUUGGGAAGAGUUCUGAAAAUUAAGUUUGAAAGAUUGAAAACUCUAUUAACUUUGAAUUUGAAAAUAGGAAACAACCUGGAUGAUGGGAAAGAGGAACAAGGAACAUUAAAAGCCUUGGGCUUCAGUGCCUGACUGAGAAGAGUAUUCAAUCAAUGGGAUUUUAAAAUUACUUUGCGCAGAGCACUACAUUAAGCAUUCCAGUCUGAUAAUCUUGUGUCUAACCCCAGUACACAGCACAGUUCUUGGCUCAUAAAAAGCACUUAUCAAAUACCAUAAUUACUAUUUUUAGAAAACAGUCUUACCCUGAAGGUGCUUACAAUCAAAUGGGGGAGUCAAAAAGAGAUGUUAUUUACAGAGAGUAGCAGGGGAAGGAGAUGAUUAUAAUGUGAUAUGGGUACAGAAAGCAGCAAAAACAAUAGCAAAACAUCUAUCCUGAAUUCUUAUUGGAUCACUCACUACUAGACAAGAUCUGAGCAGUUAUACCAUUGUAGGAAAUUUCUUGCCAUUCUCCUAGGUGGGCACAGGAUUCAGGCAAGGUACUGUGAAUGAAAGUGGUUAAGUGUUCAUCAUGUAUAUAAAGUGCUCAAGUGCACUUGGAUUUGUAAAUUUUGUUAUUACGACUUUGUGCUAAUGCCAGAACGGCAAAAAUGCAGUGUUUUGCAGAGUCUUGUGCUUAAAAGCUCAGUGUUUUUUUUUAAUUAAAAAUAACCUCUCAAAGGCACAUAAAGGAAAGUGGCAGAAGGAAGCUUUAAAGCCACUCCCUGAUAUGAUCUACCACAGCAACCUCUGCAUCAUCAAUUGGAAAAAAAAAUGUCGUAAACUAUAUGUAAAUAUCUUCAGGGUCUGAGGGAAGAUUCAAAAACCAUCUAUGAAACUUGUAGAAUGAUGAAAAUAAUUAUAAUGCAGACUUUUAAGAGGGCCAAAUAACUUACAUAGAAAUAUGUAAUUGCUCAUCUAUUCUAGAGAUCCCCAAUAUUAACUUCCCUGGGAAUUGUGUGACAAAGGAUGGUGGUUUACAGAGCAAACAUUCUCAGGUAAUCUUUGAAAGCACUGUAAUUUUGACUAGUUCGUAGAAUACUGGAUACUGCAAAAGCACAAACACAUAGCCGUGACUAGUUUGGUGUAAAUCUGACAAACAUUUAAAUAAAAAUGUCAGA